GGGUGUGACGAGCUGAUGGUCUGCCACCGUUUUCACCGAGGUAAACCCGGAGUAACUCGUCCUCGCGCCAGCCGCUCGCACCGGUGCGGAUGGUCUCGGAACUGGAUCAUUCUGCUGAGUUUGGUGAAUUUUAUUCGGGGUUUGUCCCAGCCGCCGCGGUGUUUGCAAGUUAAACCUGGGAGAAGACUGAGCAGAAACCCGCCUGACAUCCACACAGACCGCGGACCCGACACCCUGACUCAGAACAUGGCCUCCUCGGAGCUUGCACUUUUGAGCGUUUCAGACAAAACUGGACUGCUGGACUUCGCCAAAAGGCUGGCGGAUGUGGGACUCUCUCUGGUCGCCUCAGGUGGCACAGCCAAAGCCCUGCGUGAUGCUGGACUGGCCGUCAGGGACGUGUCUGAGCUGACUGGACACCCAGAGAUGCUGGGAGGCAGGGUGAAGACCCUGCACCCUGCCGUCCAUGGAGGCAUCCUGGCCAGGAAAACCACCGCGGACACAGCAGACAUGGAGAAGCUGGGCUACAGCCUGGUCAGAGUGGUGGUGUGCAACCUCUACCCAUUUGUUAAGACCGUCUCCAACCCGAACGUUACAGUGGAGGACGCUGUGGAGCAGAUUGAUAUCGGUGGAGUUACUCUGCUGAGAGCGGCAGCCAAGAAUCAUGCUCGAGUCACUAUUGUGUGUGAUCCUGCUGACUAUUCAUUGGUUGCCAGGGAGAUGGAGAGUUCGGGAGACAAAGACACAACCCUGGAAACACGCAGGACUCUGGCCCUCAAAGCCUUCACACACACGGCACAAUAUGAUGAGGCCAUAUCGGACUACUUUCGUAGGCAGUACAGCCGUGGUGUUUCCCAGCUGCCUCUGCGUUACGGCAUGAACCCCCACCAAGCACCUGCCCAACUCUACACCCUGCACCCAGCCCUCCCCCUCAAAGUGGUCAACGGUUCCCCCGGCUUCAUCAACCUGUGUGACGCUCUGAACGCCUGGCAGCUGGUCAGAGAGUUAAAGAGCUCCCUCGGCAUGGCUGCUGCCACCUCCUUCAAACAUGUCAGCCCUGCUGGAGCUGCAGUAGGUGUUCCUCUGACUGAGGAGGAAGCCAGAGUGUGCAUGGUGCAUGACAUGCUUAAGGACCUCACCCCACUGGCCACAGCCUACGCCAGGGCAAGAGGUUCGGACAGAAUGUCUUCUUUUGGAGACUUCAUUGCUGUGUCAGAUGUGUGUGAUGUUCCCACCGCCAAGAUUAUAUCAAGAGAGGUGUCUGAUGGUAUCAUUGCUCCUGGUUAUGAUGAGGAGGCGCUCAAGAUCCUUUCCAAAAAGAAGAAUGGAAACUACUGUGUGCUAAUGAUGGACCCCGACUAUGAGCCUGACGACGCCGAGGUGAGAGUGCUGUUUGGCCUCUAUCUCAAACAAAAGAGGAAUGGAGCGCUUAUCGAUAAGGAAUUCUUCAGCAACGUGGUUUCCAAGGGCUCGCUCUCUGAGGAGGCUGCGCGUGACCUCACUGUGGCCACCAUCGCUGUCAAGUACACUCAGUCCAACUCUGUCUGCUAUGCUAAAGACGGACAGGUUAUUGGUAUCGGAGCGGGUCAGCAGUCUCGUAUCCACUGCACACGGCUGGCAGGCGACAAGGCUGAUAACUGGUGGCUGAGACACCACCCUCGUGUCCUGAACAUGAAGUUUUGCAGUGGCGUGAAAAGAGCGGAGAUGGCCAAUGCAAUCGACCAGUAUGUCAGCGACACCAUUGGAGAGGGUCCAGACUUGGCUGUUUGGAAGUCAAAGUAUGAAGAGGUGCCCGAGCCUCUGUCAGAGACUGAGAAGAAGACCUGGAUCAGCUCCCUGCGGGCAGUGGCUGUCAGCUCUGACGCCUUCUUCCCCUUCAGAGAUAACAUCGAUCGUGCCAAACGGAGCGGUGUUGAGUACAUCGCAGCUCCAGCAGGCUCUGCUGCUGACGAGGUUGUGAUUAAUGCCUGUAAUGAGCAGGGCAUCACUCUGGUGCACACCAACCUGCGGCUCUUCCACCACUGAGCACCUCAACAUUUUUCCUAGUGUUCUUUGAACGCAGCUCACAGUUUUGCUUCAUUGAAGUCAAGAUCUUUUUCUAACAUUGCUGAUACUCAGACCAUUCCUACCCUCAUCAUGCCGAAGUGUAGAGGUCACAAAUGCACUUUUUUGUCACACAUUAACUGCAUUCCUGACUUGUGAUCCUAACACUGCAGAGAGAGAGUAACUGUUAAUUCGAGGUUAGUUGCAAUUCACUGUGAAAUAAACUGUAAAUGACAGUUCGAGUAUUUUGUCUGUUUUUUGUAGACAUGCUAAUAAAGUAACUUUGGUCCAGACGGAAAUAUCACAACAA